AUGUAGAAGAAACCUUUGCAGAAAAAUUGACGAUAAAUUAGUUUUGUUUCUCGAUCGAAUUAGGACUGGUUAGUACCAGUUAAUACAAGUGGUAAGAAUUUGAAACAUGUCCAUAGUUCUAUCUUUUAAAAAUAUUCGCGCAUUUUGUGGACAAAGCACUUCUACGCUCUAUGGAAACGGAAACGAACAGAAAUUUUUCCACGAAAAUAUCUACUGUGUAAAUCAUAUGAUAAAACUUUUAUUGAAUCAUAUAAAAAAUUCCUACCAAAACGUGCAACCAUAUUCCUAAUAAAAAUUUCGGAACCAAAUCUAUUAGUAAUUUACAUAUAUCAACAAUACUCGAAGAAUUAUGGAUUAUCGUAUUUACCAUUUAAAAUUGGACGAAUUACAAACAAAAUUCCUUUCAGGAAUACUUUAAUGUAUAUAUGUUAUACUUUGCUGUGAUCUUGUUUAUUAACCUUAAAGAAGAAUGAUAGUGAUAAUGCAUACUAUAAAGUAGUUUAUAAUUGUUUUAUAAAUGUGUUUAAUCUACUAUAAAUUAAAGGAGAAUUAAAUAAUAAGAGAACAUAACCACGUUUUAUGUGAUAAAAACAAAGACGUGAAAAUGUACAAAUUAUUCUACCAAAGAUUUAUUUAUCAAAAUCAGUGUACGUUAUUUUGUAUACGUAGAUGUCAUAAUGAAGUGAAAUGGAAAGGCAAAGAGAAAAACCGAAUUUCCAAUAUAAGAACAUAUUGGUUUAAUAGAUACAUAGAUUAUAUUAAAAAUUUUGAUCACAUAUUAGAGAAGAACUUUCCUGAAACAAUGAAGGUGUAUCGUAUGUUUCGUGUAGGCACCACAGAAUUUAUAAGAGAAUUUAAAACAUAUAUCACUUUGAUACAUAAAUCAAGUAAAAGUUUAACAACAGAAGAGCUAAAAUUAACACACACAAUGGGCAACGACUUACAAAAGAUGUGUCCUGUUUUACUAGUUGCAGCUGUGCCUUUUACAAAUUAUGUCAUAUUUCCUCUGAUAUAUUAUUUUCCAAGACAUCUUCUCACUUCCCAUUACUGGAGUGCAGAACAAAAACUUAAUUUUACGAUGCUAGAUCAGAAAAAGCGACUAAAACAUAACAGGCCAUUAUUUAGGUGCAUGCAGACAGAAUUACGCACUAUUAAAGAUAAAUCAUUGCGAAUAAAAUGGAAUGAUGUCAUUGCAUGUCUUGGCAGUGGCACACAUCCAUCAGUGCGAAAUAUUAUUGCCUGUACUGAAUUAUUUGCUGGUCGACCAUAUGCAUUAAAGAAUCUUAAAAGCAAGCAUAUAAAAGAAUUGCUUAUCAUACAUGACAUAUCUACUUGGAGACUUUUUAAAAAAAAAAAAUUAAUUGAAAGAGGCAUGUUCAUAAAACAAAUGGAUGAUACCAUACAAAGAGAAGGAGGUGUCACAAAAUUAUCAGUAGAUGCAAUACGUUGGGCACUUAUCUUUAGAGGUGUUAAUCCUGAAACUAUGUCAACAGAAAGUAUGCAAAAAUGGCUUACACAAUGGCUCGAAGUAUCAAAUACUGUUAAUGAAAAUACAAUAUCUUUACUAUUACAUUGCCCAAUAUUAUUGGCAUAUAAUCAUCCUUCUAAUUGGAAACUUAUAUAUGGAUGAUGCGACAUGUAUGCAUAAUUUUGUAAUAUUAUAUGUACGUGUUGUGGGAAAAUAUAGUAUUUAUGAUGAAUAAAUGAAUGAUAAAAUUUC